GACUAUUUGUUCACUUGCCCCAUAAAACCGCAGAAACGCUUUUCUUUUUCUCCAGGGUUCUUCCCCUUCUCUCAAUUUUUCUCUAUCAAGAACUGUAGCGUACAACUUCCGUCAACCAUGUCUGCCGAAUCUGCUUCUGCAAUUCCUAAAGGACAAGUUGAUUUGAUGGACUUCAUAGACUGGUCUGGCGUCGAAUGCCUUAACCAAAGUGGCAGCAACACUGUUGUCAAUGCCCUCAAACAGGGUUACAGAGAAGAUGAGGGCUUGAACCUGGUGAGUGAUGCAGAUGAGCAGCUAUUGAUUUACAUACCUUUUAAUCAAGUCAUCAAACUGCAUUCAAUCGUUAUCAAAGGACCUGAGGAGGAAGGUCCUAAAACUGUGAAGCUGUUUUCUAACAAGGAGCACAUGGGAUUUAGUAAUGUUAAUGAUUACCCUCCGAGUGACACAGUUGUUUUAUCUGAGGAAAAUCUCAAGGGAAAACCAGUUAUAUUGAAGUAUGUCAAGUUUCAAAACGUUCGCAGUGUGACCAUCUUUAUCGAGGAUAAUCAACUUGAUGGGGAAACUACAAAUGUUCAAAAAAUUGUCUUGUAUGGAACAACGGUGGAAACAACAGAUAUGAAAGGCUUGAAGAAGAUUGAAGACCAUUGAUCCUGCAAAAGAUCAUUAUAAUCCUUCAUCAUUUUAAGAAUUUUGUUUUCUUUUAACUUCUGUAGUUUCCGACAGAAGUAAUUGGAAACUUAAUACACUGGAUAUACCAAAUAUCAGCGUGAGCUUUGGCUGCUUUGGUCAAUGAAAUAUGUUACUUCCAUCAUUCACUA